UGCCGCGCUGAGCUCGGCCGGGGUGCCUGAAAUUCGCGGCUUCCCAUCUCUGUGUUGCGACAUCAGAAAUAGGGAAAAACCAUAAAUAAGCUUGUUCCUCCGUGCCUCGCUCACGCUGGAUGUGUAUUCAAACUCCCGGCGCUUCUCUGACCUCGUUAGGCGGGUCAAGAGCGGAUAUUUAUUAGGGUUUCAAUAAUAAAGCCCGCAGCAGAAGUGCUGCCCUGGGGCUUAGAGAGCAGAGGCAGAACUGGAUGUCUAGGGUCAGGAAAAAGACACCAACGGAGAUGCUUUGUGGGUUUGGUGUUAUCCGUCCGUAACAGCUGAGCUGAGGACUCUGUUGCUGCGAAAGUGCUGCCUCACGGAUGAAAACAAAUUGCUCCAUACAUUUGUAUUUGGCCAGUACAAAAGGUCUUGGUUCUACAUCACGACUGUGGAAGUUCAGGAUUCUCCAGCCUUGAAAAAGGUGACCCACUUUUCCAUUGUCCUGACGGCCAAAGACUUCAACCCAGAGAAAUACGCUGCCUUCACGAGGAUACUCUGCAGGAUCUACUUGAAGCAUGGAAGCCCAGUUAAAAUGAUGGAGAGUUACAUUGCAGUGCUUACAAAAGGGAUCUGCCAAAGUGAAGAAAAUGGAUCUUUCCUCAGCAAGGAUUUUGAUGCUCGGAAGGCUUACCUUGCUGGUUCCAUCAAAGAUAUAGUGUCUCAGUUUGGAAUGGAAACAGUUAUCCUAUAUACAGCACUGAUGUUGAAGAAGAGAAUUGUAGUGUACCAUCCUAGAGUAGAAGCUAUCCAGGAGUUUACCAGGACCUUGCCUGCUUUGGUGUGGCAUCGACAAGACUGGUCAAUUCUUCAUUCAUACGUGCAUCUAAACGAGGAGGAAGUGGAAGCCUUAAAAGCCUGCACAGGUUACAUUGCUGGAUUUACAGAUUCUGAAGUGACCAGCAGACCAGACCUGUAUGAUGUGUAUGUGAAUUUGGCAGACAGUGAGAUUACCGUUUCCCCUGUAGUAAAAGAGGCAAUGACAAUGGGAAAACUUCACAAAGAGAUCGGACAACUGAUUGUUCAAUCUGCAGAAGAUCCAGAUAAAUCAGACAGCCAAGUCAUUAAGGACAUUUCUCUGAAGACAAAAGAAAUCCUGGCUAUUUUAGCCUCACUUACUGAAGCUUCUGAUGGCAGUGAAAAACCAACCCUUAACUCUGAGGCCCUGAAACAAAAGCGGUUUCCACCAGCUACAGAAAACUUCCUUUUUCAUCUAGCAGCUGCUGAGCAACUGCUCAGAAUCUGAUCCUGAUGCACUGGAGUGUUAUGGACCAAUUCAGAAAGGCUGUCUCUGCCACACAGAGAGGUACACCUGGUAUUCUAUAAGGAAAAAUGCAAGGUAUAGGAGUGAAUGUUACUGUGAUACAGUGCAGAAUAUUGGAGCUUGACUGGGAACAUGGAGACGUUUUUGGGAGCAUUCCUGGUGUCAUUAUCCUUCCUCAAUCCUAACUGUGUACAGAUGGCUCCUGUGUUCCAUGCCAUGGCAUGAGUGUACAUACAACAGCAGGGGCCUGUGUGUCCAGGCUGUGCCAGACAUGAUGGCAGUGGCUGUUUGUCCUGCACAUUCCAGAGCCUGGACAGCUCUGACUUGUCUUCCUGGGCUCUGGAACACGGCUGCAGCUGUCAAAGCAGCACAGUUUGGGUGUGUUCAUCUCUGCACAGGGACACACUGAACAUGCAGUGGGCUGAGUGCUCCUUCUGGCCUUCCAGGUGUGUCAGCCUGUGGGAUGCUGCUCUUGCUCUGGGUUGCCUGAUUCCUGGAAAUCCCAACUAAAUGGACAAGUUCUCUUCUUUCUACUUGAAGGUGUCUAGGUGUGGAAAAAAAAGGAUGUCUGGGAAAAUCUGAUGUGGUAGCCUUAGUACCUAGAGAAAGGGGUAUUUUGAAGCUCAGGUGUGAGUUGAGCACCUCUUUUGGACUCCUGCCUUAGAGGUUUUCCCCCCUUCCACUCCAUCCCACGCCUCCGAUAAGAGUCCAGGAUUACUGUGUUUAAAAUGGGGCUGCCCAGGGGGGUCACAGACAAGGGCUGCUUUACAGCUGCAGUCAUUUAAGAAGUUGUUGGGGUUCUCAGCUGAGAAGAGACCUUGCCAUUCAUUCCUGAUCCACACAAAAAAGUCAGAUGAGUUAAAGCCUCAUGGAUCAGGAAUGUCCCAAUGGGAAGGUACCACAGGGAGAGCAUCAGCUUUUUAAACUACUGGAGCUGUAACACAGGUACUGUCUGGUGGUGCUCGGUGUAAAUGAGAUGGAGGUGGAAACUUUUGAAGAAAUAGUGAAAACUGGGAAAGAGUUUAGAGAAAAUUUAAAAUUUGCCUACUUGUUUGGUUGCACAGCCAUAACUCAAGAGAUUUCUUUUUGUUUCACUGAGCAGCCU